AUGAUGAUCAAACACUCGCUUUUAGCAUUGGCCUUGUCAUUGGCCAGCACAAAUGCUAUAACUAUCACCGAGGAUACAAUUCAACGUGGUACAAUUAAUGUUGAUAUUGGUGGAGUCAUUAUUGCACCUGGUGUGUACUGGUCUAUCAUUAACAAUGCCUUAACAACAAUUGCUGGAUCUCUUACUGUUGGCGCUGGAAGUGGAUUUUAUGUCUCCUCUACUUCUGAUUUAGUCGGUUUGACCGUUGGCCUUGCUGGUGUAUUGAACGAAAUUCAAAACGAUGGUAUCAUUGCUUUCAACUCGUUGAAGUCAUUAACCGCUCCUACAUAUCAAUUGGUAGGUGCAAGAUUUAACAACGAUGGUCAAAUGUACUUGGGAGGAGAUGGCUCUGUCGGAGUCCCUAUCAUGUCCCUUACUGCUGCUGAUUGGACCAACAACGGUUUCUUGAGUUUCUACCAAAACACUAGAUCAGGAGGUGUCGUUACUCUUGGUGCUCUCCUUCCUAUCACCAACAAUGGUCAAAUUUGUCUCUUCAAUGAAGCUUAUGUCCAAUCUUCUCCUGUUCGUGGUAGUGGAUGUAUCACUGUUGGAGAGGAAUCGACUGUUUGGAUCCAAAACUCUCUCUUGUCGUUCUCUGAAGAUCAAACCAUCUACUUGGAAUCCCCCUCUUCUGCUAUUAGAGUUGAAGCUUUAAGUUUGUCACAAACAUUUACGGUCGAGGGAUUUGGUAACGGUAACCUCAUUGGUUUGAGUUUACCACUUAACCUUGAUACCAUUCUUACCAAGCCAUAUGUGUACAAUGCAGCAACUGGUGUGUUGACUCUUAACAGUGGUCUUCUCACUCAAAACUUCCACAUUGGUACUGGGUACAACCCCAACUUAUUCGAAGUUGUCAACGCUAACUACGGUGGUCUUAUUACUAUUGUUCUUAAUGGUGGUGUUAUCUACAAUGGUCCUCCACCAGCAGCUGGUGCCCCAGCCGCUUGUCAACCAUGUAGCACUUUCCCAGAAGCUCCAGGAACCAGUACCACCUCAUCGGCUUCCUCCUCGUCUACUGCUCCACCAUCUUCAAGUGCCCCUACUUCGAUU